AUGGAUUUCAAGCGCCGAAGACUUGUAACUCCGACUCGCUACAAUCGCCUUCCUGUCCCUGCCUCAGAUACCGAUUUGUCUCGAGUCAAUGAGCUAGGCUAUGUGAGACUUGUUCUCAAAACAGAAUCUUGCAUGUGGGGACAGCCCGAGAAAGCUGAGAUCCACGCCCUUCAUGCCCUGGAGAUCAACCAAGAGGUUGAAGGGUUGAUCCGCACCUGGCACCCGGUCCUUCGCACCUAUGACCAAGUCUUUGUAUCCGACCCUCGCUAUGGUCCUGAAGUUUGGCUGGUGCCUGGGACAUGUACUGUCACCAUGGUAGCAGGGAGAGCGAUUCAUCCGAUGCCCAGUGACAGAUUAGAUCUGUGUCCCCUGGGAAUUCCUUUGACGCCGAGAUCACCUUGGAAGGAACAAUUCAUCUUCCAGGAAGGUAUCAAUCCGCGAAAGAUACUCGCCCACGAACAGUUGGAUGGUCUUCGUGAGCUUCUUCCCGCAGCUGUCGGAGUACGAGUGCUCGCUGCAGGCUUCAUGGUCAUGCUUUUCACAUCGGUGUCUGAUAUCCAGGAUAUUUACUGGAAUGAUUGGAUCAUGGAAGUUGGAGGCUUGAAAGUCAUGUAUGACCUCCUUGAGCUCGACCUCACCUCAAAGCAGAUGACUUCUUCGAUGAAAGUGGCUGAGAAGCCGGACGCCGUUUGUGGUUCUGGUUGCUUGGGGCUGAGAAUAAAGAUGCAGGACGGAAAAGAGGGUAUCACCACAGUGACGCAUGAUUUCGUGAGGCGGCCGAGUUGGUCUCGGGCACUGCCCUUCGCCGACUGGAUAUCCAAGAGGGAAAACUCUCUUCGACGGCUUCUGAACCUGUCAACCCCUGCGGAUACUCCUGUCACAGGCAUAUCACGAGCUUGGCUCUCCAACUGUCCCAUCGGCAAGGAGGUCUGGCUGACUACAGCAAGCAGUCCUACACGGAUCGGGACGAUCACACAAGCCUUUGAUACUCCAAGCCUGAUCUUUCCUUAUCCUUCCGGCUAUCAGCAUGAUCUUUGCCUCAUCACCGGCGACAAUUUGCCUCCACUGAGUAGCCCACCAGGAUACCCAGCCGUGACGGAGUGGGCUCCUUAUUCCAAUGCCCUUGCUGGGUCUAACGUAUUCGUUGUCAAGAUGAAUACCCUCACUGGAAAUCGGGUUCUUGCUGAGGACACAAUGAAUCCGGACGCCGUACGGGAUGCCACCGUUAUCGGCACGCAGUAUAUGUGGGAUCGUGCCGCUCACUCGCAAUCUGCAUCUCUAUUAUGGACAACAUCCGAACCGGCAGCACCUGCCACUGGAUGGUCGGGAUCGGUUCUAUACCUCGGGAGACCGUCAGACCAGUCCAGUGGAGCUCUUGUUUUCCAGAACCACCAAGUCCAUUGCACUUCCUCUGUUAAUCCCUCGACCGGCGAGAAGCUGGUCUCGGCUGUCAACGCAGGAUUUUUGUUACCCGAAUGCGUACGAUCCUCCGAGAUUGUAACAAGCAUCGAUCAACACCGACAACGAACUGCGGACACCCCACCCUCGCCCAAUUCGAGAAUGUAG